CAGGAAGAGUGUCUGCGCGCGGCUGUGGCUGAACUUAAUUAAUCCCACCUUUUCGUCUCUUCUUAGUCAUCCUGGAUCAAUAGUCCCGUAAGAGUGUCUCCGCGCCAUAUAUCAAAAGGCUAUCGAUGAGCACUUGGAUAAAAGAAGGGCUGGCAAAAGAGGGCGACCAGACUUGCCCUUUAUUCUUUUGCGCACAGGACGCACAAGGCAAAGGAGAUUGUUUUGCAGUGUCACACAGUUGGGACAUGUGUACUGUUGAACUUCACUUUUAAAGCCGAAUCUUCAUUGGAUUCAAGGCAAAAUCUUGCGCACAGUUUGGAUUUUAAACCGAAAAUAUCACGAUGGAUUUCUAUACGUGCGCGCUGACCCAUUCUCAUUCAGUUGGUUUGGUCUGAUAUAGUGGACGCUGUGGUGCCACAUAUGGACAGUGGCUCCAUCUCAGCGCGUCUUCUGUGGAGCAGGAGCACACAGAACUGGACGCUAAGGAAUGCAGAGGCGACACUUCGUCUUGUCCACUCCAUUUGCGCAACUCUUUGAAGCGCGCCACAAACUGACCAAGGGAGCCGGUGAGCCUCCGCCUCACCAUGCUCAGACAGAUCCUCCUCAACUCCACUGACAACACGGAUUUUGGCCUGGUCCUCAUGACACAGUCCUCUACGCACGCACCCUCUUCUCUCAACUCGUCCCACAGCAGUGGAUCUGUGAGCGUGGCGGCGCUCCUCAGGCCCACCGCGGCGCGUGGGAGCUCCGGGGGAGGAGGGAUGCGCGAGGGCGAGCUCCACAAGCCCGACCUGGUCACCUACAUCGUCAUGUGCCUGCUGCUUUUUCUCCUGGUGCUGCUCAUCGUGUUCUUUAUUAACUGCCAGCUGCGAAACUCUUUCUUCGCCUCCAUGCCAUAUGACAGGUCCCUGAGAGAAGCCCGGACCUCUUACAAAUAGACAUUAACCGAACUGUGCCAGGACUAUUAUCGCAGUGUAAAUGACCCAGUGAUGCUGCUGCACAGCAUUGACCAUGUAGUACCCCCUUCAGUGUUCUGGGAGCAUAUGAGACUCUGCUGCAAAGGUUACCAAAAACACAAGGUGCAGACAUUUUCAUAACCACAGGCCUACAUAUGAGUUCAUAAGAGUAAAAUAAAUAAAAAAAUAAGCUAUAUUUAACUAGAAUUUGUAAAGACAACAAAUCUUGCAUUCUUUUUGGUUGGAGUCAGA